GACAAGUCCACAAUUCGGGUACACUUGUCCGCUUUUAAUUUUGUCCAAGUGAUGCCCAAAGUACAAGCGUAUGUUCAUGGGAGUGAUAUAAUCCAUCGGCUAACUAGCGAACUCACCAUCCUUGACGCCGUUCACACAGGUGAUUGGGAGCGCCAAAAUUGAAUAGUACACCCUCAAGUCCGUUCGUGCCCAAAAACGCGUUGGAGCACUAGCACAAGCAUCACUGAGUGUCAAUAAUUAUACUGAUGUUCACUCCGGAUGCGUCUCAAGAGGUAGAGGCUGUACUUCUUGAAGAACUAUCUGCCGUAGAUCCACGCAACCUUACAAGUUUGGUCAACGUCGAUCUUGAUCUCAACUGUAGGAGGGGCUGGGGGGGUUUUGGUGACGUAUAUUCGGGUGAAUAUCAUAAUUCCAACGUCUGCGUGAAGGUGCUUAAAGAAGUCCCUGUUAUCAGCACAGACUGGCUUGGGAAGUUUAUUCGGCGGCUCAGACGAGAAGUCAAGGUUUGGCACAACUUGCGGCACGGAAAUAUUGUAGCAUUUCUUGGCUGGACGCUACAGCGCGUUGUUGACGAUAAAUUACGUGUGAGCCUGAUAUCGGAGUGGGCUGAAGGUGGGAACGUGAAGGAUUUCUUGCGCCGUAAUCCACUUGGGGACCGCCCUCAUCUCAUUCGGGGAGCAUGUCAAGGAUUGGUUUAUCUACAUUCAUGCGGUAUAGUCCACGGAGACAUCAAACCAGAGAAUAUACUUGUCCUGGGAGCGGAUUGUAAUGCACAAUUAUGCGAUUUCGGGCUUUCCUCCAUCCUCGACGAUUUUACAACGCACGCCGAAUCAUCGAGCGUGAUGAGCACUCCUAGGUACGCUUCCCCAGAACUAGUGGAGGCCAUCAUCACCGGGCGAAAUGAACCCAGUGAUGUUUGGGCUUUUGGGUGUACAGCUGCGGAGAUUCUCACCGACCAGAUCCCGUAUAAGUGGGUAUCAGGCCCGUUCCAGCUUCCUUCGGCCAUCUCCAAGGGCCCUCCGUAUGAAUGGAGCAAUGUCGGUUCCGUUGAAAGGUGCCUUUCGGCGUGUUUCGAACCUCGCCCUGAGCUACGACCCAGCGCUGCUGAGCUCAACCAUCUGCUUGAGCGGGUGCAGCGAGGGGAAACACUGACCAGCUUACCAAUUGGGGAGCUGAGGAUUAGCGGAUCGAUGAGUACAAGAGGUGGAAGGGUAGUGUCCCAUUCCCCUUUCGUUACGCGUCAGAACAAAGCGGCGCGGCCUCGUCCGACAUCAGAAACUUCGGAAUCCUCACUGCCAGGUGCCUCUAAGGAGAGAGAACGGAAGGAAAAUCCAAUGGUAUGACUAUGAUUACCACUUACCUGACUAUUUCAACUUAUCUUAUGGUUCCGCGUCGAAAUCGGUGUCUCCCACGCCAGGCACGC